AUGGCAAGCGCUUUUGAUGAGAUUACUCGUCAAUUUUUAAAGCGUAACUAUGACGUGUUUGAUCGAGAUAAAAUUGGGCGCGUACCUAUUUCGGAUCUUAUUACUCUCUUGCAGGUCUGUGGAGCCACACCCUCUGAAUUAGAUGUGGAGAGCUGGAAAAAAGAAGCGGAUCCUGACGGACGCGGAUCCAUGAAUUUUGAAGGCUUUUGUCGCGUUAUGAUGAUUGCCUUUCAAAACAUGAAGACUUCGAGAGAUCUUAGGGCGGCAUUUGAAGGACUGGAUCCGGAAGGCAAAGGGCUCUUGUCUCAAAAUGAACUUCGCUAUUAUUUGACCACUUAUGGCGACCGCUUAAGUACAGAGGAAAUGAACGAGUUUGUUGAAGAGAUGCGGUCUGAGAUGGACAUGGAAGGCAACUUUGUCGUUACAGAUCUCGUCUACAAGAUGACCCCGGAAAUGUUUCGUUGA